CAGCCAUUUUUAUAUGAUUGAUAUUGGUGACUCAUAAUUCAUCUCCAUGUCCAGAAUGUUCAUUUCUAAUCUAGUUAUAUGGCUGAAUGUUAAACUCAUAGAUGGUCUAUAUUAUGUUAUAACAUGUCACAAACAAUUAAUAUACUAAACCAUCCCUUCAUGGUUAAAUAUUUGAAUCACUUCAACAUGUUUAGAGUCAUCUCCCUUCUAUAGGUGUUUGUAAUAGUCACAUGCACAGGAUCAUCAGUAAUUAGCCAUGAUGAUGAAUGUUCAGCCUUGUUUCAGUUUAAGCAAAGCAUGACUCAUCAGGAUGAUCCAGCUUGCUGUUCUUGGGUUUCAAACGUUCCAAUCUUAGAAGCCCAGAAGCAAUGCAAUUUUUUUAACAGCACCCUCUUCAGCCUUGUUCAUCUUCAGAAUCUCAACCUUGCACUUAACCACUUUUAUGAAUCUCAAAUCCCAUCUGAGAUUGCUUGUCUAAAGCAAUUGAGAAGUCUCAAUCUCUCUGAUUCUGGGUUUAUUGGCCGAAUCCCAAAUGAAAUCUCACAGCUGAUGCAGUUGUCUUCUUUAGAUCUAUCACAGAAUCCACUAAAGCUACAAAGUCCUAGUGGCCUCAAGGAUCUAGUGCAAAACAUGACAGGGCUCAAAGAACUCCAUCUCUCGGGGGUUGACAUUAGUUCUUCUGUACCUCAUUUAUUGACAAACUUUUCUUCUUUAAGAUCAAUCAAGCUAAAAAACUGCUCGUUAGGAAUAAAUUUCCUGAAGCAAUAUUUCAGCUACCAAAGUUGAAAAUUCUUGACGUGGCAUCCAAUCCUAACCUCUUUGGUUCCUUUCAUGAAUUUCAUAACAACAGCUUACUUGAAUAUGUGAAUCUAGGUUUGACAGGCUUCUUUGGGAUUGUACCAAAUUCCAUAAGCAAACUAAAUCAUUUGAUAAUCUUGCGCCUAACCAAAUGCUCUUUCUCAGGGCACAUUCCAACUUCACUCUCUAACUUGACACAACUCACUUACUUAGGUUUAGGUAUGAAUAAGUUCACAGGUUUAGUUCCUUCAUUGAUAAGUCAUUCGAAACUCAAUAUUUUGGAACUUACAGGUAACAAAUUUGAGAAGGGAUACUGGCCUAGUUGGCUUGGCAAGCUGACUACACUUAAUGAACUUUAUAUAGCUGAUAUGAACAUAAACGGUGAAAUCCCACCCUUUCUUGCAAACCUAACCAAACUUAGUGUGCUCCAAAUGGGAAAAAAUGUUCUUACUGGUCAUAUACCAUCCUCGUUGUUCAACAUCAGCCAACUAAGAAUUUUAAGCCUUCAAGAAAACCAAUUGCAAGGACCAAUUUCAAGCUCAUUUUCGAACUUCAAAAGUCUUCAACAUCUUCGUCUACAGUGGAACGAUUUCAGCGGUAAGGUAGACUUAGACAUGUUCCUACGACUUAAGAAGCUCGAAACUCUCGCAUUGGGUUUUAACAGGAUAUCUUUAGUGGCUACCAAGAACUACUCGAAUAGCACCUUACCAGAAUUGAAAGACGUAGAACUUCAAUCUUGCAACUUGAAGGAAUUCCCUUCCUUUUUGAGAUUCCAACAAAAAUUGAGGAUUUUACUUCACGGACACAACAAAAUUCAUGGCAUGGUACCUGUGUGGAUAUGGAACAACAGCCAAGAAACGUUACAACUGAUUAGCCUUUCGUACAACUCCAUCACUGGCUUUCAUCAGCAUCCUCAUUUUCUCCCAUGGAAAUGUUUACAAGGAUUUUACAUCUCGUAUAAUCAGGUACAGGGGCAGUUACCACUUCCACCACAAACCACAGUUCUUUAUGGUGUCUCAAACAAUAAUCUGACUGGAGAAAUAGCACCAUGGUUAUGUGAAUUGAAAUGUCUACGAGAGUUGGAUUUGUCUUCUAAUAACAUGAGUGGAACACUUCCUUCAUGUUUAGGCAACUUAAGCAAUUCGUUGGCGGAAUUAAAUUUGAGACGAAAUAAUUUUCAUGGCAUAAUGAUGAAUGCAUUUAGGCAUGGAAGCCUGUUGGAAAGUAUUGAUUUGAGUGAGAAUAGAUUUGUGGGUCAGCUACCACGGUCACCGACAAAUUGUACCAAUCUAGAGGUUCUCUCUCUUGGAGACAACUCUUUCGAUGACAUUUUUCCUUCUUGGCUGGGAAUUCUCCCCAAGCUUCAAGUUCUUGUUUUGCGGUCCAACAAAUUUCAUGGUCCAAUUCCAGGUUCAACAACUGCUUGCUCACAGUUCCCUAAGUUGCGGAUCAUAGACCUUUCUAACAACGGUUUUAGUGGUCGAUUGCACCAUAAGUUCUUCCACACGUGUUUAGCUAUAAAAUCAAUUGGAGAAUCAUUUGUUCAGGAAACAACAAUGUCGCCAUACACGAUGACAUUAAUAUACAAAGGUGUCAAAAGAGAGUACGAAGAGAUUUUAACCAUAUUCACUGCUGUUGAUCUCUCUUGCAACCAUUUUGAAGGAGAAAUCCCCCUAUCACUCCAAGAUCUUCAAGGGAUUGAAUCACUCAAUCUUUCCAACAAUCAUUUUACCGGGCAUAUCUUUCCAUCGUUAGGGUACCUGAAGAAUCUUGAAUCAUUGGAUCUCUCCCAAAAUGAGCUAUCCGGAGAAAUUCCUCAACAGUUGGUGCAGCUAGGCUUUCUUUCCAUUUUCAACGUGUCAAUGAACCAUAUUGAUGGACGCAUACCCCAAGGGAAACAGUUUGAUACAUUUGACUACAGCUCCUACAAGGGGAAUCCACGGUUGUGUGGACAUCCUUUAUCCAAGGAAUGUCAAGAUUCAAAGGCAUCAAUACUUCCACCGGCAAGCAAUACAUCUGAGGUUGUUUCUCUCCUCCCAUGUGAAAGAAUUGAUUGGAUCAUCAUCUAUGGAGUUGGAAGUUGGAUGGUUGUUGGCAUUGUUUUAGGAAACUUUCUAUAUACAAAGUAUUAUAAUAUGUUCAGAAAGAGGAAGGACAGAUGGGUAAGGCCACUUCGUAACACGAGGAGAAACGCACGUACAAGGUUUCCAGAAAUGCACGUUUUACGAUCGUGAAUGCAUUAUUUUCUAUAGAUAAAAAUGUGAACAUAAAAACAUAAACCUUACCUUAGCAUGUAUUUCAGGACGUGCUAUAGCUUAAAGUUCGACGGGCAUGGAGAAGGUACAUAAGACUUUCAAGGGAUUUUACUCUGUAUUACCUUUAGGUAUGUGUAUAUUUAUGUUAAGACUAUGUUGUUUUCAAUUGUUUCAUUGUAAGAUUUUUGAUAUAUCAUUUAGUAAGAUCUCCAAUGUUUAUGUUCAUCGUUUAUGGUGGCAUUAUCGAUCAUGGACUGCAGGGGCGGAACGUAAUGGGGGCCAGGAGGGGCCAUGGCCCCCCUGCUUUUUACCUUAUUUACUACUAGUUUUUCAACAAUUAAAGUUUCAUUUGAACAAAAUAAUUAAGUAUGUAUUCUCCACAAACUCUACUAAUUAGGUGUGAGGAUAAAUAAAGGAAACAAAUUUACUUUCUAGAAGAUUAUGUCUAAAAAUUUAAAAAAAAAAUUAUGAAGACUAUUUCUAAAAACUAAAAGAUAUGCCUAAAAGAAAGAAAGAUAACAUCAAAGAGGAAUAAAUGGGAAUGAGAGAUCGCAUCAAAUAAUAUAACAAUCAAAUACAUAAAAAGUUUCAAAGUAUCAUCUGGAUCUCAAAAAGAACAAAAAUUAAGUAAUCUCAAACCCACAGGAAGUUGUUGCCCGCCGUUCAUGGGCUCACUGGGUCUGAUUCUUUCCGUCGCUUAUGUACUCGUUUCUUCA